CGGCGAUCGUGUAGUGAAUAGGCAACUUUUAUUUCAGGGUUAUUUAUAUUAUAAUUUGUGUCAUUGAUUUUAUCUGUUCAUUAAGUUCUAUAGUAUAAUAAGAUGUGCACUGUAGUGGUCUUUGACGUAUAAUAUGUGUUGGUAAUUCGGUAGUGGUAAAAAUAAGUAAUAUAGGUACUUACUGAGCUUAGUUACUUACUAGUAGGCAAAUGAAACGAACAUUCCCCGGCGUGCAUCUGUCGCAAUUCAUUUCAUUCAUCGUAAAUUUGUAGUGAUUUUAGGUAUUGGGUCUUGUUGUAAUAAGUUAUAUCGUGCUACUCACUGUAUCUCAAAUAACAACAUUCAGAAACGUGUGAACGGUAAUUCACAAAAUGAUUAAGCUCGUGGACCAAGUGGUUCGAAGUUUUAAGGUCGCCAAGGUGUUCCGAGAAAACACAGACAAAAUAAACAGUAUAGACUUUUCACCAAGUGGCGAGACAUUAAUAUCAUGUAGUGAAGAUGAUCAAAUUGUCAUAUACGAUUGUGAAAAAGGUACACAAAUGAUUACAGUAAACAGCAAGAAAUAUGGUGUUGAUUUAAUACAUUUCACACACGCGAAGAAUACUGCUAUACAUAGUUCGACAAAAGUGGAUGACACUAUAAGAUAUUUGUCACUCCACGACAACAAAUAUAUCCGAUAUUUUCCAGGCCACACCAAAAAAGUAGUAACACUUUGCUUAUCACCAGUUGAAGACACAUUUUUAUCAGGAUCACUCGACAAGACUCUGCGUUUAUGGGAUUUAAGGUCACCAAACUGUCAAGGUCUUAUGCAUCUCUCAGGAAGACCCGUCGCCGCGUAUGAUCCCGAAGGACUUAUAUUCGCGGCAGGUGUAAAUUCAGAAAGCAUCAAAUUGUAUGACCUGCGAUCAUUUGACAAAGGGCCCUUUGUAACAUUUAAGCUGAAUCAAGAAAAGGAGUGUGACUGGACAGGUCUAAAGUUUUCAAGAGAUGGCAAAACAAUGUUAAUCAGUACCAAUGGAUCUAUAAUAAGAUUAGUGGAUGCUUACCAUGGCACUCCACUUCAGACAUUUACUGGUCACUUGAACAACAAAGGCAUACCGAUAGAAGCUUCUUUCAGCCCUGAUUCACAAUACAUAUUUAGUGGAUCUACAGAUGGCAGAGUACAUGUAUGGAAUGCUGAUACUGGUUACAAAGUUUGUGUGCUAAAUGGAGAUCAUCCAGCACCAAUUCAAUGUGUGCAAUUCAAUCCCAAGUUCAUGAUGUUGGCUUCCGCCUGCACUAACAUGGCAUUUUGGCUGCCAACUAUUGAUGAUGUCUGAGCACAUGAAACACAAGAAACAGAUGAGAAACAUGAAAUGAAAUCAUUAUGAUAAUUAAACUGGUAGUGUAUUAUAACAUGUAUUCUAUAAUGAGAUGUUUCUGAAAUAGGUAAUUCAAUUGCAAUCCUGCAAUGUCACAUGUUUUUACAUUGUAAUAUAGAAUAUAAGACAUAGAUAUGUUUUUCCGAUUUAUAAUAUAACUAGUAGGUACUAUAUGGACACAUGGUUUUUGUGUUAUCUGAAUGACUUUAAGAAACAAAUACUGAGUGUUAGUGGCAACAAAAACUGAGGGAUGGUUUAGACCAUGAUUCUGAGUUGGUAUCAAAUAGAUUUUUCCAUUGCAAAAGUCAUCAUCAUCAAUUUAAGAGCCACGCUCUUGUCGGUGUAGCAUUUGCAAAAGUAUGGAACUGAAAUUACAUAAAAUAACAUUAAAAAAUUCUGACAGGAAAUUCCACUUAAUACCAACUCAGCAUCAUAGUCUGAAUCAUCCCCCUUAGUAUUUGUUACGGUGUCACUAACACCCAUAUGCACUUGUAUGACUACUGGUAUAUACUUGGACGGGGUGUAAAUGGCAUCGUAACGAAUACUGAAAUAUUCAUUGCAAAAGUAUAGAAUUGAAAAUAUUUUUUAAAAACUAAAAAAAUCAUGAUGCAUUUUUGUGAUGGAAAAUUCCACUUCAUAUUAAUUUAGAAUCGUGAUCUGAAUCAUCCCCCUUAGUAUUUGUUAUGAUGUCACUAACUUCCUGUAUAGAUUUACCAUAAUUUUUCCCAUUAUUGGCCGAAUAGGCUCAGUAAUAAUUCUCCAUGUGAAUUAGUUUUUUAUUUACAUUUUUAAUAUAAUAUUGUAGCAAAUUAACUUAUUAUAUUAACCUUGCAUUAUUGUGACAAAGUAGUAAAGCAUGUUACCUAUCAUCAGGUUUUAUAAGCACUUAAUGAAUGGUGGAAUAUCAGACUUUCAAAAAGCUGUUUAAUUUUUCUAAUAAAUAAUAAGUAAAUUGUAACUGUAAUAAUAAAAUUACUAAUUUAUCAGAGCAAUGUUAAUUUAAAAAUUCUGUGUCAGAAUGUAUUACAUGUAAAUAAAACUAUAGAAAAACAUUCAAGUACAUGAUGUAAGCAUUUAGAUUUCAUUCCAGUUAAUAUUUGUUUAUACAGGGUGUCCUUCCAUAAGAUUGACAAAAUAGUGUUUAGGUACUAGAACAUAAAGUAGUUCUAAUAAUUCCUAUUUCAUCAAACAUCAAAAUUUGAAUUACCUACCAAAAUGUUAACUGCCUAUUCAAUUAUUAUAUUUAAAAUAUUUUAGAUGUA